AGCGGUUGGAUUUAGAUAGAUGUUAAGCCCCAUCUGCUGGCCAACAUUUGUACACGCCUCUUGCCCUCAGUGUGACUUUUGCUUUCUCUCCCCCCUCCUCCCCUGCUCGCUAUCCAGCAACGGUGAGUCUCCGGCAACCAUCGUCACCUCGUCAGUGCCAACGUCUGUUGCGGGUCACAUGAUGUACCCCAGCCCGCACACAGUGAUGUACGCCUCCACGCCGGGGAUGACUGACGGGGGGCUGGCUGUGCUCAACGCCUUCUCCCAGGGCACGUCGACCAUGCAGGUGUCCCACGCACAGGGCCAAGACUCAGGUGCCGUCCCUCAGGUGUUCCUCACAGCGCCUCAAGGCACGGUGCAGAUCCCCGUCUCUGCGGUGCAGCUACACCCAAUGGUGAUUGGCCAGCAGUCGAGCGGCAGCAGCAGUAACCUGACGGAGCUCCAGGUGGUCAACCUAGACGCAGCACAGAACUCAAAGAGUGACUGACAGACGGCUGGAGCUGUUUGACAUGGCAGACCCAGGAGACAGACGGACUAACAUACAUCUCUAUUUAUUGAUGCCUUCCUACAGCGAUUCACAUUACACUUCUGAAUGUGACUUUAAUUACAUAUAUACACACGAUCAAGGGCAUAUGUGUGGUUGACCCUUAACAGUAUACAAUAUGUUUUGGUAUAUAAUAUAUAUAUAUUCGCAAAUGCAUAGGAAAAAUAUCACGACAUCCAUCAUUGGAACCUAUUUUCUAUGCCGUUAGAUGGUGUUAUUUUUUUUUUUGUGCGUGCGUGUUUUUGUUGUUUGAAAAUGUGUAAUUACAUGUACACACACACUGCAAGGUGCCACAGCUUCACACCAGCCAAAGAGACAUUUGUUUGUCUGAAUGUUCCAGUGUGAGCAAAUUGUGCACAAACGCGCGCGUGUGUGUGUGCACACGCAUAUCUGGGGUUUGUAAAUGGGCGGGAGACGCUUAUUGACUUAAAAGAGACAUUUGAAAA